AUGUUACCACCAGCAGGCCGUCAGAACAUGUUACCAGCAGGUCAGAACAUGUUGCCACCAGCAGGCUGUCAGAACAUGUUACCACCAGAAGCUGCCGCCAGAACAUGUUUCCACCAGCAGGCCGUCACAAUGUUACCACCAGCAGGCCAUCACAACAUAUUACCAGCAGCAGGCCGUCACAAUGUUACAAUAGCAGGCCGUUACAACAUGAUACCAGCAAAAGGCUGUCACAACAUGUUGCCACCAGCAGGCCGACAGAACAUGUUACCAUCAGCAGGCCGUCACAACAUGUUGCCACCCAACAGGCCGUCACAACAUGUUACCACCAGCAGUCCAUCACAACAUGUUAUCACUAAAAGGCCGUCACAACAUGUUGCCACCAGCAGGCCGUCACAACAUGUUACUAGCAGCAGGCCGUCACAACAUGUUACCAGCAGCAGGCCGUCACAACAUGUUACUAGCAGCAGGCCGUCACAACAUGUUACCAGCAGCAAGCCGUCACAACAUGUUACCACCAGCAGUCCGUCACAACAUAUUACCAGCAGCAGGCCGUCACAACAUGGUGCCACCAGCAGUCCGUCACAACAUAUUACUUGCAGCAGGCCGUCACAACAUGUUGCCACCAGCAGGCCGUCACAACAUGUUCCCAGCAACAGGCCGUCACAACAUGUUGUCACCAGCAGGCCGUCACAACAUGUUAUCAGCAACAGGCCGUCACAACAUGUUACCAGAAGCAGGACUGUCACGUCAGGUGUUGUGUUUGGGACAACUUGGAGAACUUGA